AUGCCUCUCCCACCCAUCACCACGAUAGCUGCCUGUGGCAGUAUCAUGACGGCUGUCAAGUCGGGAUGGGAGCUGUCGCGCAUGAUCAAGAAGAAGGACGCAGAGAAGCGCCUGGACCAGUAUGCCAGGGCACUGCUCAAGGACCUCCGAUCUGUCCACCUGGACGGUCUCAUGAACCGACGAACCUUUGACCAGUGGUACGACAGGUUCCUGGGCGCACUUGCAGAGAAGGACAUGAUGGAGCUCCGCAAGAUCCGUGAGCAUGUCAACCUGGUCUACCGUGACAAGGCGCGCGUCACCAGGCGCAACACGUAUACCAACAAGAGUUCAAGCUAUACGGACGAGAAGAGGACAACGCACCGGCGGGCACACUCUGCAGACAGGAGACAGUCGUCGAGAGGCCCGCCCCCUGCGUACACGGUGGAGGAAUGGGAGGAGAAACAGGAGGCGGAGAGGCGGCGUCCCAAAAAGGUAGACACGGCCAAAGCCCAGAGGGAUUACUAUUAUGCGCACGCCCUCCCUUCUCCGUACAAGGGCGAGCUCGAGUACACGCCCAAGAGUGACGAGUUCGAUGGCUCAGAGAAGGACCGCGGGCGCUACGGCUCGCGUCACAGCUCGCGUCACAGCAGCCACCACCGCGAGGGCACUGGCUCCCGUCCAGACUCCUUCCGCUCUCGCAGCACCAGCACCGUCGAGAGAGGCCGCACGCGGAGCCGCAGCGUGCACACGGAGCAGCGGGUUCUCGAGGAGGAGGAUGAGGAUUCAUUAGCAGACAUAGACAGUGAGGCUGAGACGUAUUAUGGUCGGCGACGAGCUUCGUAUUAUUCCCACGGCGACAAUGGGGUUGGACGUGAUGAGCGGGCCGGACGAGGGGGUCGAUGA